CAUAUUGUUUGUACGUAUGAUAGAACUGCUGUCAUAUUUGAUAUUGAAUUUUUGCUUUCCUUUCAUGUUUUCCGUUGUUCAUUCUUAUUUUUCCAUUGCAAACGAUUCUACAACAACAUAACCUGCAACCCACAAGAUUCGCUUUCAAGGCGCACAGUGAACCUAUUCUUCACAACCUCACAGCAAGAGGUCGUUCCUAGCAAUGAUGAUGUAUUCGACGAAAAGAACCCUUAUAGCAGUGAUAAAGAUUGUGAUCGGAUUUCGCCUGUCAACUAAUGCUCUCCCAGUCUACGAAAGGUUCGUGGCUCACGGAAGGUGCCCACCUUGUGAUCCUUCCAUUCGCGAUUUAGGAUUUCUGUCAAACCGGAUACAGGAAGCCACGAUCCGCUCGUUUGAUUUUCGCAUAAGAAGCAAGUCUCAUUCUAUGGGCGGUAGAAAACGAUUCUCUACUCUGUCUUUUCUUUUUUCCUCUGGAAACAACAACAAUGUCAGCAGCAACGAUGUCUUUGCUUCAGUACCUGGAUGGUUCACAAGGAAGAAUUUCUUAAUCGCUGGAAUUUUUCUACUGAUUCCUCCAAUUCUUCUCGAAGCUUAUUCUAGAAUCGGUAUAUUAUCAAUUCCAAGUGGACAAAGAAAUGGAAAUGACAGGGCUCCCCGCAGAAUAUUUUCAUACGUCCCACCUCCAAAAAACACGGAUUGGAGCCAUGUUGAGCAUGCAACAAUCGUUUUCCAUGGUGCUGGAGGAGAAGAUUCCUACACCAAUGAAUUGAUGAAACGAUUAGAUGCUGCCGCUGAGUCAAGCUCGUCAGGACUGCAAAACCACUAUAACCAUAUCGUGGACUGGAGCCAAAACAGCGCAAACAUACUUCAAGCGAGUUACAACGGACAACAAAUAGGAAGGAUAGCAGCGAGAGAGUUGCUAGAGCAAGCUACAGCUCCUAAUAAUAGCCUCAAGACGAUUCACUUCAUUGGGAUAUCAGUGGGCGCCUUUUCUGCGGAUGCGGCUGUCAAUGAAGUAAAGAAGAACUUUCAGAACAGCAAUUCCAUCGAAGCCCCGUUUGUACAGCUCACUCUCCUCGAUCCCUUUCAACAACUCGGUAUCUUCGGUGUUAGUUACGGUAACAAAACGUUUGGAAAGUCAGCAGAUUAUGCCCAGCAAUAUCUCAAUACAGAUGACUCCGUUCCCUCUACCAACAAACCACUUCAAAAUACUGUCUGCUACGACGUGACAAACCUGCGCCCAGAAAGCGUCUUCGGUCAUGACUGGCCUCUGGUAUACUACGCUCGAUCUGACCAUUGUGGCAAGAUAAUGAUAAAUGACCAGGGAAAGAGCAUUACAUCGGUGGAAACUGGGACUGUGGUGGUGCUGUAAUUUUGUGGAAAUUUAUUCUUGGAACUGGAAUACGUUAUUCAGCCUGUAAAAUUUUCAGCUGCUUCCUUAUUGGUGUCCGGUGUAAAAUCUAUAUUACUUACGUAGAUGAGAGUAGAUACGUAGUGAAUACAGUAGCACUGGAUAAUAGGGACGAUUGAUCACGCCGAAAAUUGCAUUAUCCAAGGGACUACAACUACAAAUGCGUACCAGGUAAACCAAUUCGUAACUAAUUAUCGAGGAUUCCAGUCGAGGAUGCCACUGUCGAAUAAUUCGUUUUCAGACAG